GUAUACACUUAUAUAUGUAUACUAUAUGUUCGUGUGUCCGUACACAGAAACAGUUCCCAACCGGUUUACCGUGUGAUUUCUGAUUGUGAUACACACAGAGAGACGGUUCUCAGGAGCGUUACCUAACCGCUAAAGGAACAUAAGUUCCUUUUAACGUGCGUCGUCCUUGUCCCACACCGGCUCGAGCGAACGAGCUAGAUCCCUUGCACUCUUUUAGACUCCGGGUUAGCAGGCUGUGUCCAUCUAUACUUAAGCGUGAGCGCAUAUUGUGCCUGUGCACGCACGCAUGCAUACAUUUAAAUGCUUCCCCAAGGCCGUCGCAUACUGACACAUCGACACACUGCCGCCUAGUGCAACAACGUUAAUCAUAAAAUCGUGGGUCACACGGAGUGUUUCUCACCUCUAAUUUCGGUAUUACAGAUAUUAGAUUUCCAUGCGUGGUUAGCUACGAGCUGACAGAGCGACCGAUAUCGUUCUGUCGUACAUACGGCACGAUAUAUACAUGUUUACAUAUGUCGUACAACGCAUAUUUUUCCCCGAACACGAAUGAAACGUUCCUCCAACAUGUCGCGACAUGCUCGUUCGUAAAUAUUAAUUGCUCGAUGUAUGUACCAAGAAAAUAUAUAUAUUAGAUUCCGCGCGCAUCGAAUAUUAUGCAAGCGGAACAGUACGAUUCCUUGCUACGUUGACCCCAUUUCCCGUUUGACCUUAAUAUCGCACAAGGUACUCCAAGUCGAUCUACGUUAUAUGUAUAGCAUCUAUCAGCUUUUCGGGAACCUAUUUCUCGCGCCAAUCUUAUUAUUCUUCCGUACACACGUAUAGUGUGUAUACGUGAAGAAGUAUACGUGAAAGAUAACAUAUAUAACAUCGAUAAAAAGAACUUUUUGUUUCUUUUCUUGUAAUUAGCUAUCUGAUCAUUUUAUACCCCACUUGCGUAAACAUGAAUGAUUUACAUAUCCUGUAUACAUACGAUUUACAUAUGAAAUAUACCGAUAAGAAAAAGAUUUAAUUAUCGACGCACGUCACGCGCACGAAUUAUUUAAUUGCAGUCGCAAUUUAUGUUCUAUCGUGUGCAUACAUUGUUCUGUAUUUUUCGAUCAGGACAAAUGCGAAGUGGUUCGCUUUGAUCUGUGCAUCAUAGAUCGUGUCUUGACCAGGCGAGUUGAUCGUGGGAAAACAUAACCGUACAUAACCAUGUUUCGUGUUUUUCGAUAAAGUACCGCUGUCGUCGGUUUACAACGUAAUUAUGUAACGGAAGCCGUGAUAGCCGUGAAUCUUAGGACAUUAUUCUUCGGUCUUGAUGAUCGCGAAGCAUAGAAUGCUUCGAAUGAAGAUUCUAUUUUUCGCUAAGGCAAGGGAACUAACGGUGAACGAAGAAUUUGUACCUGUGGACGCCGUCUUAACGCUCUCCGAAAAGGACGAAAUCGCUGUCAUUCCGCCGCUCAGUGGAGGUUAAAAUGGGAGUGCCAAGCGAUAUUGUCAAGUUGCAACAAGAGGAGCUGAAUGUUGCGGAAAUAAUUGAUUUGGCAGUGUCUCCGAACUGUGGAGCCAUAUCUAAUUUUAUUGGUAUUACACGGGAUAAUUUCGAGAAUAAAAAGGUUUUAAAAUUAGAAUACGAAGCCUACGAACCGAUGGCGCUAAAAGAGAUGAAAGGUAUUUGCACGAAAAUACGUUCCCAGUGGAACGUUCACCAUAUUGUGAUAUACCAUCGAUUAGGAGAGGUAUCGGUAUCGAAAGCAAGCGUGGUAAUCGCAGUUUCGUCUCUUCACAGAGAGGAAUCGCUAAAAGCCGUAGAAUAUGCUAUUAACACGCUGAAAUCUUCGGUACCAAUUUGGAAGAAAGAAGUGUACGACACGAACGAGAGUCGGUGGAAGGAGAAUCGAGAAUGUGCCUGGUCGAACACACCUGGUGCAAGAGAUUUUCAAGUAUCGGAAGAUGAGAUCGCGGUAUCAAACGAGAUCGAAGAAACUGUGAUAGAAAGCGUCGACGUUGAGGCAGACGAAGAUGAAGAGGAGGAAGCAACCAAUGUCGAAGUAGACCCAAAUCUCGUGCAGAUACGCGCAACGAACGAGGAAUUAAACCGUCGAAUAGCGUCGUUCAUCGAAAGAAAACGGCAGCAAGUAAAUAUAGUGAAUGUGCAAGAGUUCUGUUACCACAGAGAAAAAGACGAGGAGAAUGAGGAUUCUUGCGCGAGAGUAGACGCGAUUCUUAUCAGAAGAAAGGACUCGAAAAGCCAUGUCAGAGUGCACAGGGUACUUAACACAUGGGGACCGCAGACAGUUGACCAAUCUAUUUUACGGAAGGCCACUGUCUCAGGAAUGUGCCAAAUCAACAACAAUUAUUCAUCCGUGCUGAAUGACAGGAUAUCAACCACCGAAAGGAUACUUGGCAUAAAUCGACCUGUACCCAAGGAUGUGUACGAGAGGUUAAAACAUAUCGAGGACAGGAUAUUGUACAUGGAAAGCAUUUCUCCCGAAUACAGAGACUUCUGGAAGUCAGAGGAUAUCAACAGCCUCAAGGGAACCUUUAAGCCAGUCAGAAAAAGGACGUACUCCAUGGCAGAAUUGGAUACAAAAUUGCACGACCUGGAAGACAAGUAUGCAAAAAGGAUGAAGUAACUUUAGUCUGACUGAUUAUACAUAUAUAUACAUAUAUAAGUAUCUGUAACGUAUGUUAAAAAAUAUACAAUGUACAGCAAUUCUUAAA